UCAAAUAUGACAACUUAGUCAAAAUCAUUCCUAGAUAAGGGAACUAUUCCUUUAUCUCAGGUAUCGUUCAUCUACAAUGUCAUCUAGUAAAGAUCAGAAAAUUGUAAUACCAAAAGGAACGGUGAAAGAAGACGAACAAGUAGUAAUAACAAUUAGAAAUGAUUUAAAACAUCAAGAUCUUAUUGUAGUAAAAUCAUCAGAAUUAAGUUACAACAAAGAAUCAGGAAAACUAGAAGGAAGUCAAUGUCCUGGUAGAAGUAAAAAUCUAUACGCACAAGCUAUUGAUCCUAACGAAAGAGGUUGUUAUGUUACAUGUGCCAAAAAGAACAAGGAUAAUCAACAAAAUUACGAUGAGGUUAAAAAUUUUUGUAAAGAAAAUAAUGGUAUGGGAAUAGAAGCAGGUGAAAAUAAAACUCAAACUGUUGAAAAUGCGUCCAGAAAAACAUCCAGGAACAAAUCAAAUGAUAAAGGUUCCACAGUUAAUAUAAGUGAAGGAAAAAAGCAACCAAAGAUACCAGAGUCAAUAACCGAAAUAAAUGUGUCUGAUCCAAUAAUAACUAAUAGUAUUAAUACAUCAAAUUUAGAAGAUUCAACUAAAUUAAUGGAAUAUAAUCAGGCUUCAAAGAAAUUUUCAAUUACUAUUGUUACAAAUGAUUGCCCUUGUUUGGAAAAAGUUAAUACCUUUCCAGGAUGUUAUUGCAAUACUGCCAACAAUGAAGAUCCAUUAAAAAAUAAUAUUAAUGAAAAAACAUGCAUUUGCGGCAGGAUUGAGUAUCCUGUUAUUGCUAAUGUAUCAAAUAUAUCUCAAAAAUGUUCAAAUAAUCAAUCAGUCAGUUUGCAAGAUGAAAAUACCAAUGAGUUUGUGGAGGGAAUCAAGAAAACAUCAAGUCAACUUGAGUGUUUUAGAAGGAAAAAGUCUAAGGAAGUUGGAAACACACAAAAAUCUAAGAAGUCUAUUAACUCGAUAGAAAAUAUUAAGAAAACAGAGGGCAAAGACAUUUUAGAAAGUCGAGUUGAUAAGUUGGAUUGUAAGUGCUCUUCAGACUUUAGUUUAGAAAAAAUCGAUAAAUAUGAAAAUGAUAAACGCGUUAAUUCAAACAUCGAAAACCAUUCUUCUUGGGAUAAGUGCUCAAUAGAUGCAUGUAAAAGAAGUAGUUGUCCAAUAUUUGAAGAUUCUCUGAAAAAGGAAGUUCCAAAAAAAUAUAAAUCCACAGAAGCAAUUGCUAAAGAAAACGUGCAACCGAACUGUAGUUCCAAUUGCCCAACCAUACAACCAGCCUUGACGACACCACAAAAAUCUGUAAAGCAAAACAAAGAAUAUCGAGACGUUGGCGAUAAAGAUUUGUUGGAGACGGAAGAAAAGGAAUUAAAUGAAAUCGAAUCGGCCUUAAAGGACUUUCAGAAAGCUAGAAGGAAUUUGAUUAAUAAAUUAAAGGAAUAUUCAAGCACCCAGGCGUUGUCCAUUUCUGAUUUGACCGAUAAAGAUACCAAAUGAGAGACAUGUAAAUUAUAUAGACAUUGUUGUUUGCACAAGAAUUAAAUAUACACAAGUUUGUUAAAGGUA